AUGAUAGUAAAUAAAAUUUUAUUUCUAUCAUUUUUAGUUAUAUUUUUUUUAACAAGAUUUACCCAAACACCCCAAUUAAAUCCAAGUUCUUCAAUUUGCAUUCCAGGUACUAAAAUAAACUAUAAAUUAUUAACUAAAAAUAGAACUUUUUUAAAAAAUAUUCCAAACUCAACUUAUAUUUGGUCAUCAAGUAAUCCAAAAGUUGGAAAUACAUCCAUUGUUGAUGUCAAUUCUAAAGGUGUUAUUGGUAAUAAUAAUUGUGCUAGAUCUGUUGUCAUUGUUCAAGAACCAGACCAAAUUGUUUUUUCAUCAUCUCAAGUAGAGGUUGAAGUUGGUAAAAAAUUAGUACUCUCAACUAAAUUAUUAUCAAAUCAUUUAACAAAAGGAGUUCAUUUCGAAUCUUGCUCAAUUAAUAAUUUAGAAUGGAAAGUUAAAGAUGAUUCCAUUUUCAAAAUUUUACCACAUGAAAAGGUUGACCAACAAAAGAUAUCAAGUGACAUAUGUUCAUCUCGUGAAUUUUUGGCUCUAAAAGAAGGCUCAACUGUUAUUUCAGUUCAAUACAAUGGAAUGAGAGAAGAAAUUCGUAUUUUUGCUUCUCCACCAGCUGAUCAAAUAGAAUUUUUAUUAAGUUUAGGUUCAUCGGCCGAGGUUUCUUUCUGUGGUGAACAAAACUCACUCUCAAUCACUCCAGGUGAUAAUAAUUCAUUCAAAGUCACUUGUCAAAAACAAUCAAAUGAUCCACAAAAUGUUAUUGUGACUAUUAGAAACAAAAAGAGUAUUAGCAGCCCAUUACCAGAAGCCCGUUCAAUUAAAAUUCCAUUCUUUUGCCGUCAACCAUCAUAUGUUAAUAUUCAAUUUAUAAAAUUACCAACUGAAGAAGAAGGUAAACAAAAAUCAGGUGAAAUCAGUCGUUUAAAUAUUCAUAAUAAUAGUGAUUUACCAUUUAUUGCUAUGAAUUCUAUUGCUAAAUAUGAAAAAGGUAGUACCAAUUAUCCAAUUAUAGUUGCAGAUUCCAUCUUUAUUGCCGCCUUUGCUAUUGGUCUUUAUGUAUAUAAAAAACAUAUGUUUAUUUAUAUAUCAAAUUUAUCACAAAUAUCAACCUCUUUAUUAGAAUCAUUCCGAUCUCCAUUUCCAUACUCUUCUUUAGUAUCACCAAAUAGUUCACUAUUUAAUUAUAUAUCAAAUCUAAAUUUAUCACAAAUAUCAACCUCUUUAUUAGAAUCAUUCCGAUCUCCAUUUCCAUACUCUUAUUUAGUAUCACCAAAUAGUUCACUAGUUA